AUGAAAGAAGUAUCUACUGUAGCACAGAAACACAAGUUAGAUAGCAACACUAACGAGGUAACAAACAUUUCCUCAGUAUGUCCGCAAUAUUGUUUGAAUUGUGUGAUGUCAAGUGAUGGUACGUCGUCCAUCUGCAAUGCUGGAGCCUGCACCACUGGAUACGUACAAAUGGACGAUGCACGAAAAAGUUGUUCAAGCUGUCCGUCAAAUUGUAUGGUGUGCACUUAUAAUGGCCAAGCAACGACUUGCCUGCCGACUGGUUGUGUGUUGGGGUCAUUUUAUUCGGGCUCUGGCACUUGCACCAAUUGUCCAACUAACUGCAACUACUGCAAUUCCUCGAGCUCAUGCUACAGCCAGCAGUGUGACGUGGGCUACGGCAUCAACUUGAAAGUUGAGAAGAGGACCUGCAUAAGUUGCGGGACGGCUUGCACGGUGUGUGACAUCAAUCAGGAUACUGACGCUGCCACUUGUAGGAAGUGCAACCCGGCUGGCUACACCCUAAACACUGACACCAAUAGUUGUGAUGCUUGUUCAGACCACUGUCUCGCGUGUACUUAUUCAUCGACUGCUGCCGUAAAAAACACCUGCACCAAAUGUGACAGUGGAUACAUUGUGCAGAAUUCUGCUUGCAUCGCUUGCCCGCCCAACUGCCUGGAGUGCACGUAUUCGACAACCUCCUCGAAAACCACGUGUCUCGUCGGCAGGUGCAUGGAUAAGUAUGUGUUAGUGACAGCCGAUGGAACCUGCCAGGCUUGUGGGUCAAAUUGCCUUUCGUGCUCGAGCAACGGAGCCAACCUCUGUGACACGGGCAAGUGCAUAUCCGGCUUCACUCUGGCAAGUGACAAGACCUGCCAAAGUUGUACAUCAAAUUGUGUGAAGUGUGAAACGGCGGGACCAGGCAACUGUGACUCUGGCUCGUGUGCCUCUGGGUACGCUCUCUCUAAUGGAGUGUGUUCUGCAUGCGACCCGAAUUGUUCUGGCGGCUGCGCGAGCAAUGGACCGGGCAAAUGUGACAGCACGUGUGCCAAGUACUUCGUCCUCGCUCCAACCUACAACUGCAUCAGUACGAUCUUCUUUAUGUUCAUUCCUUACCGAUAA